AAAACGGGAAAUACAGUGACUAGAUCAUUUGCUGGUUCAUCUUUAUGAUGUUUGAGGAGCGAAUAAGAUCUGGGAUACCUGGAGAUGGGAGAUGCUUGUUCAGGUCUGUGGUCCAUGGUGAUUGUUUGAGAUCAGGAAAGCCAUCUCCAAGUGAAGCCGAUGAGAGAGAGCUGGCUGAUGAGCUCAGAGCCAAAGUGACAGAUGAACUUAUCAAAAGACGAGCAGAUACAGAGUGGUUUGUUGAAGGUGAUUUUGACACGUAUGUUAUGCAAAUGAGGCUGCCCCAUAGUUGGGGAGGAGAGCCUGAGCUACUAAUGUCUUCCCAUGUUUUACAGGUUCCUAUCGCAGUGCAUAUGUUGGAUAAGAAGACAAAUUCCCUCAAAGUAAUAGCCGAGUAUGGUCAAGAAUAUGGAAAGGAAAAUCCAGUGCGUGUUCUAUAUCAUGGUUAUGGGCAUUAUGACAUAUUAAAGAACCAGUUUGGAUGCCAACAGUUAACAAGGAAAAGCAGAUGGUGAGAUGCUCGAUGAUUGACAGUAACUAGUCAUGCGGAAGUAAAUUCUGUUUGGCUUGUAGUAUGCAGGACUAAGCUGCAGCCUGUAGUUAGCCAGUGAUUGUGCUGUGUUUACUGGGUGAUAUUCCUUCAAUUUAAUCAAAUUUGAAUGAAUGGAAGUGAAAACUGAAAGGAGGUUCGAGUACAUGGCAUUUUUGUUGAGUCAAGCUCAAUUUCUUCCUUAUCAUGUAAUGGGCUUGCAUGUGGAACAAACUAACUUGCAUUGG